CAAUCUCACAGACAUCAUCAGCAAUACAAAUCUCUCUUCUUCCCUAAUCUCUUUAGCUCUAAUUUCGAUCAACGAGAAGAUGUCGGGCCGCGGAAAGGGAGGAAAGGGGCUGGGAAAGGGAGGAGCGAAGCGGCACAGGAAGGUUCUUCGCGAUAACAUCCAGGGAAUCACUAAGCCUGCAAUUCGUCGUCUGGCUCGAAGAGGUGGCGUCAAGAGGAUCAGUGGGUUGAUUUACGAAGAGACCCGUGGAGUCUUGAAAAUUUUCUUGGAAAAUGUGAUCCGUGAUGCCGUGACUUACACUGAGCACGCAAGAAGAAAGACGGUGACUGCCAUGGAUGUGGUGUAUGCAUUGAAGAGGCAGGGUAGGACUCUGUACGGAUUCGGUGGUUAAAGUUGAAGCUUUUUGUUGUAAUUAGUUUUUGUAUUUUAGGGAUUGUUGAUUAUUGUGUAGGAAAGUUAAUGGGUUUCGUUUAAUUCAUGUUUUGGAUUGCAAUAGCAAUGAAAUUGGAUUCAGUUUCUUUUAAA